AUGACAUCUGAAGAAUCGGGCACGGAUUUUAUUCCAGCAAAUCCAAUUGAACUUAUUGAAAGUUAUACAGAUAUAUCAACAAUGAUGUUAUGUUAUAUAAAAUGUAAUAUGAAUCCACUUUGUCGAACAUCUGUUAGUGAUAGUACUUAUCCUUUCAUCUGUCGUCUUUAUCAAGGUUCAAUCAAUACAGGUUCUAUGAUUAAUUCAUUAUCAUCAACAUCAAGAGUUUUCAGUCUUUAUUAUGAUACCGUAUAUUAUCAGUCAUACAAUCAAGUAUGUAAUCCUACUGUACCAGCAUUCGAUCGUUAUUUAGUUUGUAUUAAUCAAUUAUGGACUUGCCCCUCGGGUACGUAUUGGAAUGGUGCAAUGUGUCUCAAUCAGAUCUAUUAUGAAAGUUUAUGUAAUACAAAUGAAAUGUGUCGAGAAGAUAUUGGUCUAACAUGUUCAUCAACAUGUAAUAAAUGUUUAUGUAAUUCAACAGCUAUUUGGAAUAGCACAUCAUGUGUUACCUCAACAUGUCCAAGUUUGUUACCGACUGAUUCAAGUUUAACCGCAUUGUGGUUAUUCAGUGGUGAUGUAUCUGAUUCAAUGAAUAACUAUAAUGGAACAAUGAUAGGAACAUCAUCUUUUACCAAUGGAUAUGUUGGUCAAAGUCUAGUAUUUUCUGCUGAUAGUUAUGUCCAAUUACCUUAUAUUAAUUUUUAUCAACGAAGUUUUACAAUUGAACUUUGGAUAUAUAUGAAAAAUACGACUUAUGAUGCAUCGAUAUUUGGACAAUGUCCAAGUUUCGACACGGAUUAUUGUCUUCAUAUUGGGAUGAAUAUUUACUCAACAUUGCAUUUCGGAUUUUGGAACGAUGAUACUGAUGCUGUGACAACAAUAUUUGUUACUAAUCAAUGGUAUCAUGUUGCCUUUGUUUAUGAUUAUGAUCGUCGAGAACGACUUAUUUAUGUGAAUGGUCUUGCUGAGAGCUUAUAUGUAUCAUAUUCAGAUGCUCCUCAUCUUUAUCUUGGACAAUCAGGUGAUACAACAUUAGGUAAAGUAUUACCAUUUACUGGAGAAUAUAUUGGAUAUAUUGAUCAUGUUUCAAUUAAUUAUCGAGCAAAAACAGCAAAUGAAAUAUUAGAUGAUGCAACUCUUGUUGCUUAUUAUUCAUUUGAUUGUGGAUCAAUACUUGAUAGUGGACCAAAUUUAUUACAUGGCUCUGCUACUGGACAAACAUUCAUUACAGGUCGAAACAAAGAUGCAAUACAAUUCAAUUCAUUAACUUCUUAUUUUCAAGCACCUGGUUUUACAGCAUUAGGUAUGAUUAAUCAGUCAUUUUCAAUUUCUCUUUGGAUAAAACCAUUGAAUGUUAGUGGUACUUUAAUUCAUCUAUCUACACUAUCAAAUGGUACUGGUACAUGUAUGCCCAUAUUAGGUUUUAGUAUGUCGGGUAAUAUAAUUGCUCGAAUUCUAAAUAUAGAUGUUUACGGACCUAUACUGUCAUUAAAUAUCUGGACACACAUUAUUUAUACAUUUAGUGUUACAAAUGGUAUUAAUUUAUAUAUUAAUGGAACAUUAAAUGGAUCAAGUAAUAGUAGUAUAACUCGAGAUGGUCCAAAUUUACCAUUUUAUAUAACUAUUGCCAAUCAGUUAUCUGGCACUACAAGUUGCAUUUCCGGAAAUAUUAACAAUAUGCCAUAUGCUGGAGGUGUCGAUGAAUUACGUAUUUACAGUCGUGAAAUCAAUGCAUCUGAAAUAUGUCUUUUAUCUUCAUAA